AUGGGAGCACAGUAUCCAAAUUUAUUAAAUAAUGGUAUGCCAAAUUUACUAAAUAAUGGCAUGCCAAAUUUACUAAAUAAUGGCAUGCCAAAUUUACUAAAUAAUGGUAUGCCACAACCCGGAUUUGGUAGUGGAUUUAAUAAUAAUAAUAUGAUACCUAUGAUCACGCCAAACGCUUUUAUGCCUCAAAACAAUCUACCAGCAACUAAUGUUCCACCAAUGUUUAAUGUUUCAAUGCCAACAUCGUAUCCCCCAAUGAUGCCUCCUCAAAUGCCUAUGCCGGCUAUUUCUACAGUGAUGCAACCCUAUCCAUUGUAUCGUUCUCGUCGUGCCAGAUCAAUACGUCUGAGAAGAAGACAUCAUCGCCGUCGUCCAGUUGUGCGCAUUAUCGAGAGUAGUUCGUGCAGCACGGGUUCGUCCUUUUCAACUUCAGCAUCUUGUUCAUCUUACCAUCGUCAUUCUCGUUCACAUUCUCGUCAUUCAAAACAUCGUCAACAACAACCAAUUAUACUAAUGCCAAUACAAAUGCCGAGUCAACAAUGUCCAACACCAUCAAUACAACAAAUACAACCAGCAAUUCAACAACAACAGCCGCUAGCUCUUGUUCCAUCUGGCGGUGCACAUCAACAGAUUGUUUUACCUCCCAUACAAAUUCAAGGAACGACAGAUCAACAAGGUCAACCUCUCGUAUUGCCCCCAUUUCAACUUAAUUCGUCAAUGUUAAAUAGUGGAACAAGUCACAGCCCAAUUAUUCUGAAUGCAUCAACUGGAGGUCAAUUACAACAGUCUCUCUCAAUGCCACAAAUUCCACAAGUCCGAAUAGCACCAGCAACGCAACAAGGCCCAUUUAUCCAAGCAGCCUCACCUAUUCAAUAUGUUACAAAUCCUUCUGUAGGUGGUAAUAUUCAGCCUACACGUAUACUUGUCAAUAAUUCAAUUCAACCACAAAAUCAUCCGGCUGUAUUAUCCACAAGUUUAAGACGACCAAUGUCAGCAAAUGAAGUUCAACAGACUGACUUGAAAUUUGGACGACGACCGUUUGAUUGGUAUCCGAGAGAAAACACUUUUGUAUUAAAUGAAGAUUUGCAAUUAGGACAGAGAGGAGCAACGGUGGUUGCUUGA